UUUUGCGAGCCCAACUCCCCUUAAUUUCCCUCCUUCUCUCACUAGUUCUCGAAGCCUUUGGCACAUAGACCUGGCUUCUGGGAUAUAGGCCUCGUCCUUUUUAAACACUGUCGGUACUCUCCUACUGCUCUGUUCCUUGGCUCUGAGCGGAAGAAAGGGAUUUCUCUUCGCUUUUUAGGUUUGAGAGCCUCCCUGUAGAAUGGAGUAGAUAACUGGUGAAUUACUUACUCUGUUACGUGUUGCUGCAGUCACCAGACAGAUUUUAGCCGCAGAAGCUCGCGUCCCCUCCCAAGCCGGGGAGAGCCCUGUAAACCAGUAUGAUUAACAGCGGGUAUCUAAAGUGGUUUUUUUUUCUGUCUCGUCUCUUCCUGCGGCAAUGACAGUUACCAGUCUUCCGCUUCAUCUGUGAAAUUACUCUAGUAUCGUGGCAAGAAUUUAUAGAUACAUAGUAGUACAACAUAUAAUUUAGAUUUGUUAAAACACACUGCCGUUUACUUCAAAGUAUUGUGUGUAUAUGGGAAAAUUCAGGUCAAUUUUCUUUUUCUGUCCACAGCAAACAGUUUUGAUGGUUUAAUUGGAUCAUUAUUGUGGGAAAACCAGCAGGGCAUACUUUUUUGGAACUCCUGUUGUUUUCUUAAUACUUUUAUUUGAAAUGCUUUCAGUUUAUUUCAUUUGUUUUCUACUACCACAAAUGCACUUAUUUCUUGGAGGCCACUGUGUGGUUACCAUUAUCUUCUUGCACUGAGCUGAGAAAAUGCUCGUUAGACAUGUGAAUUCAGUUGAAUUGCACUUACCUUCCCUGUGGUGUCCAUUUUGAGGGACUCUUACCCCUCAGUUGUGGUGUAAGCAUCAAACAUUCCAGAAGCUCACCAGUUCCAUUUGUAACGUAAAAUCAUAUUCUGAUAGUUGGGGUUAUCAGAACUGUCUCUGACUGACUGUAGAACUAAGAAACUGAAAUGUUAACCGAUAUAGCAGUAGGACCUGUAAAUUUAUCCUGAGCAAAUAUCCUGGUCUGAAAUGGGUUUUCUCUGAAGAAAGAAGAAACUGUCAUGUUCUUUAUCGGUCAUCUCACAUCAAGUAUGUGGAAUAGAUAAUUCAGAAGUUAAACUUUUUCAAGAUCACAAAACUAGUCCUGUUUCCCUCUGAUUUGGAAAGAGAGUCUUGUAAUUAUAAAUUACAUUCUAGCUCUGAGGAACUCAGCUAAGAAAUUUUCUCUUCAUUAAGAGUAACUGGAUUACUGCAGAAUGACUACAGAAGUAAUAAUACAUUAUCGACCAAGUGAGAGGGAUCCCACACAACUGCCAAAAAUUGCAGAGAAAGCAAUUCAAGACUUUCCCACUCGGCCACUAUCAAGAUUUAUUCCUUGGUUUCCUCAUGACGAGUCCAAACUUCUCAAACCUAGAAGAUCACCACCUGUGAUUUCUGAAGAGGCAGCUGAAGAUAUGAGACAAUACUUAACCAUUUCAGAACAUGAUGUUAAAUCACAGAGUUAUGAUUGCACAGUAGAUCUAUUGGAGUUUCAACCUAAUUUGACAAAAAAGAGGCACUUAAUCCAAUCACACACACUGAGUGAACAGACUAAUCCUGGAAACCUGGAUGAACGAACAGAAAAAGGAAGACAACACAAAAGGAGGUCUUGGAGUGUUUCACUUCCCAGCAGUAAUUGUACUGAAAAUAUUUUUCCUUUGUCUAAAAAAUUGCAAGAUAGUUUAAAGGCACUAAAUUUGCACUCAUUUUAUAGAGCAAGAUGGAUAAUAGAACACACUGUUUGUAACAACCAAAGUCUGGAAGACAUUUGGGCAAAACUCAAUCGAAUUAUCAGGCAUAAUGAACUUCCAUCUUGUAAUGCUACAAUUCAGAGACAUUUAGGCGAGAUAUGGGUGUUCUGUGAUGUUAUGUACUGUGAAUAUGUGGGAAAUCUUCUUAAAGGAAGAUUAGCACUUACUGGGGAAAUAAGUUUAUUUGUGAAUAAAUAUGGUGUUAUUUUUAGUAUGUAAUGAAUUCCACUGAUUGUCAAAAAGAAUAGUAUUCUGAAUGAUCUGAUUAUGAACUGAAACAAUGAGAUAAAUUUUAGUAAGUUUUUUUUUUAUUUGACCCCUUUCUAAUAUAAGCUAUUUAUUCCUAACAUUGUGAAAAAUAAUUGUAUGGUAAUAUGUGUGCAGUUUAUAUCCCAGAAAUAAAUAUCAGGUGAAUUCAUAGGCUUGUCAGUUAAGUCAUGAACUUUCUGGGUUCUACUUUGAGCAGCCUUCUUUUAAGUGAAUUGUGAUAAAUUAUUAUUUAUACUGAAUUUAGAGGUAAAAUGUUCUAUUCCUUUUGUUCAUCUUUCCAGUGGUCGAAUUAUAGUGAAAUAUAGUGAAUAGUUUGAAUUUUGAUAAAUCCCCAAAAUCUAAUUUUACAGUAUUUGUUCUUUACUCACCUAAAAUGUAGUGAUUUUUUAUCCCAAAUAAAACUAAAACCAAUUCUGUUGGGAAUGGUCUUCAAGUGGCAUGAAUGAUAUUCAAGUGGCAUGAAUGUAGUUCAGAUUGAGAGACCAGCCCAGAUUCUGUUGAUACUUCCACAGAUAUGUAAUAGACAAUAGUUGAUAUGUUGUUAUGAAACACAAGUACAAAAUAUAUAAUUUGCCUAGGACUGUAAUGUAUCUCUAAGGCAAUAAGGCAGCCUCUUUUGAAGUGAAGUAUGAAAUAUGGGUAAGAGAUCAAGUUGUUAUUUAUUUAAUCUAAUAUAGGUAAUUCAGUCUUAAUGACCAUUAAUGCUGAGUACUAGUUCUCUGGUUCUUGGAGUCACUGUGGUUUCCCCAUAGCAAAAUGUUAUAAAUUGGGUUUAUACAUGACUUCAUAAAAAUACCCAGAGUGAUUAUAUGAUAAAAGUUUUAUUUUUAAAAAACUAUAUUUAUUUAACAAAUUUAAAUGCCUACCAUGAGCUUGGUGCUAGAAUAAAGUAAGGAAGGAGACAAACAUGGACUUUGCCCUCACAGAGUUUACAUGGAGUCAGCCACAUCCCUGAAAAAAACCGGUUAAGACUGUACUCAUUAGGAAGGCAGAAACACAUUUGCCUUGUGGUACAGUGCCUGGCGUUGUAGGGACUUGAUAAUACGUAGUAAAUAUGUCCUUUGGAGGGAUUCUCAUAGCUUGGCCUGGCUGAGCUUGUUUAAAACACAAGGAGUUUACCAAUUUUAACUAAAGAGGUAAUCUUUUCUAAUCAGGUUUCACACUAUCCAAACAUUGUUUUAUUUUUAACUACUUUGAGUACCUUUUUAUUGUCUCAGUUGAGACUGCUGUGUAGAAAAUAAUCAUCAUGUCCUUGACUUCUUCCAGAAGUCUUUAAAAAAUCACCAGGUGUAGAGGGAGUUUCCAAGAUAACUUUUUCAGUCAUUACUUCCUCUUUUCAUUCAUUUAAGUCAUCUCGAUUUUCAAGAUUGCUGAAGAAAAAUCAGAAUGCAGAAUAAUUGCCAGAGAGCUUUGCAAACAAGAGUUGGGUAAUAUUACUGUGCAAUCAUAAAGGGUGGAUUUGAUUUUUAUUGUUAGGUCUUACUUAGCAUUUAGGUUGCUAAUCAAGGAUUAAAAGUUGGUAAUCCUAAAUCAAGGUCAUUUACAUAGACCACAAUGAGGUUUUUCUGAUACAUUUUUAUUAUUUUGAAAUGAUUUUAUAUGGAGCUGAAAAUAUUCUUGUGAAUAUUUUCUUAUGACAGUCUCAUGAGUAGCUUUUUAAGAAUCUCACGUUAAAAAGAGCUUCUUUGUCUUCAUAUGUGGCAGAUUAAAAAUUUUCUAAUUUACUCUAUAUAAAUUACUUUCUACCCCAUUGAAAAACAAUGAAAAGGUGAUUAAGAACUGGGAAUAUGGGGUGAGGGGGUAUAGCCCAGUGGUAUAGUGCAUGCCCAACAUGCACAAGGUCCUGGGUUCAAUCCCAGGUACCUCCACUAAAAAAAACAAACAAACAAACACAAACAAAAAAACCCUGAUUACCUCCCCCCUAAAAAAAAAAAGAGAAGUAAACAAUAAAUAAAUAUUUUUUUUUUAAACUGACAAUAUGAAGAUUGAGUUUUACUGCAAAUAGUGCUAUGAUCUAAAAGGAAGGAGAGAUUCAUUUCUCAUCUAUCUAGACAGGACUUAGGGAGUAAUCAAAACCUAAGAAUUUAGAAUCUUUGAGGCCUUUUUAGAGUAUUUAGAACCGUAGGACUGAUGAUUCUAGCACUAGCUAACAGUUGGGCUCAGCAGUAUUUCUGGGUUCCACUGUUAAGUCUUAAGCAAGAAAACAAAUCAGGGGAGCAAAGAAGUAUACAGGAAGGUGAAUCUGAAACCAUUUGGUAAAAUGCCAAAGCACUUACUCCGGGAAAGUAGCAACAGUACCAUAAUUUUAUUUUUCCCUGACAAGCUAUCUACCUUAAAUACUAACUCAAAUUCUAAGAAAAAAGGUGUGGAGGGCAUCACACGAAUUUAACUUUGCCAACUUAUCAAAUAUCUUAAAGAACAUUUUUUGAAAAAUUUUAAGAUGAGCUCCUGCAUAAUGAUUCACUUUGAUUUAAUCUGCUGAAAAUGCCCUAAAUUAUUUCAAAGUUCACAAACUUGAAUGCCUUCAGGGACUAGACAAAUAAGACUGUGGUAACGACUCUGAAACUACGAAACUCUGGAGAAAAUCUCCAUAAUAUUUUUUUAAUGUGCUGGGCAAGCAAAAUGUACAUGCAAGAUGAACUUGGCCUAAUUCAUUAGUUUGUAACCUCAGGCCUAUCUUUACAUUUAUUGAAGACCUUAAAAAGCUUUUUGGAAUAUUUUAGAUGAAACCUGAAUUUCAUAAGUAAAUCAAAUGUCUUUGUUUUGUGAGCUCCACUCAGAGUGUUUCUACACGUGGCACUAAUUGUGCAAUGUGUGUAGUGAAUACUUGUCACUCAACUAAAAACACAUCUUCUGUUUUUAAUUUUUGACCAAAAAGUUGCUUUAACAUUCAAAAUUGGGUACAUAUUCACUGUUUAAUAACCAGAGCUUUCUUACAGUUCCUCUGCCAGUUUUUUUAAACCUUGUUUUUUAUUGGUAUUUGCUCUUUUCCAACAGUUUAAUUUUUGAGGUCCAUUAAUUCAUAUUAAGACAGGAAAUACUGAAUUUUAAACCUCUAUUUGAUAUGGGCCUAUUUUGUAUUAUCAUUCAAGCAAUGAGUUAGUUUUAUGUCACUAAUUUGGCUUUCCCAGUUUGUGUUUAAAUAUCUGCAGUAUGACAAAUGGUGCUUUAUAGUAAUUUUCUUUGAAUCUACAAGAUGAUAGUACUUUACAUAAACUGCUAUCCCCUCUGCUAAUUUUCACCCUCUUUGAAAAUAUGAACAGGUGUUUUAAGUACCAGUUUGGGAUCUUUUUUCUUGUAAUGGAGGGUUGUUGUUUAUUCACUCUCUGCUGUCUCAUUCCCUAGAAAACCAUGGAAUCACCAAAAACUAAGCUUUAUAGGACUUUUGUACAUAAUGGAAAUUUGAGCAUAUAAUAAGCAAAUAAGCUGGCUACACAGUUUGAGUGAAUUCAAGAAUAGUUUUUUAAGAGUGUUUCAUAAUUCCCUUGAGAGUGUAUUUCCUCUUUAUUUAAUAUUUGGUUUCAUCUGAAAUGAAAAAAAAAAAUGGAGACUACAGAACACCAAUUGGUAUUAAAAGUGAGCUUAGAGUCAGAUAUUUAAACUGAGAAGAACUAUCUCCUGUAUAUCAUUUUCAGAACAUCUUUUUAUCCCCUUCAUAUUGUACUUAAUUUUAAUCUGUUUUCCUAGUUGAACAUAAGAAUAAAGUAGAAAGUCAGAAACGCCUCCUUAACCACUUCCCUGCCACACCAUUGAUGGUUAAUGUUCGUUUGAGAUAGAGUCCCACUUUGAGUUCCCUUGGGAUGUUUCUGAUAAGGCAUGAUUCCAGGUUUAUGACCCUGGGCUUAUAGUUAAUAGGGAAAAUUAUUUUUAAACAGAGGGAAAUCACUUGAAUUCAAAUCUAGUUUUAUCAUCUAUCUGCUGUAUAAUCUUUCAUAUGCAAAUUACCCUCCCUAGGCAGUGUCCUUAUCUGUUAAAGGGGGAUAAUGAUAAUACCAACCUUGAAGUUAUGGGAAUUAAUUGUGUUAAUACUUGUAAAGUAUUUAGCAUAAUGUAUGGCACUAGUAAAUGCUCAGUAGAUUCCAGCUACCCAAGUGACUUCAGAAAUUUUAACAUUAGCACUUUUGACUAUUUCAAAAGCCAUCUAUUUAAUAUAAAAUUAUUUAAUGGUCUUAGUUCAAAAACUUUAAUUUCAAAAUAAUGCCACUUGAGGAUUUUGGUGAGGUGCUAAUUCUUUCAACAAAGAUCCAUGGAAUAUACUAUGUGCCAGAACCUGUGUCAAGCACCGAGGCCACAAAACUGAGCAUGAUCCUAAUCCUCAAGAAGGUUGGAUAGGACUGCUAUAAACAAGUAAGUAAGUAAACACAGUUCAUGAGAAAUACAAGGUGCUAUGAGAGAAACAGGGUGACUUUUUUUCUGAAAAAGAUGACAUUUAAGCUAAGCUCAAGAUGAAAAAGGCACUAAAUUUCAUAUGAAUGAUAGAGCUAGUUAAUUAGUAGUUAGGUGUUACAAUUUUACACAUGGUAAUGAAUACCACAUAUUGUGCUUUAGUUAUUUAGGUCAAUAAUCUAAAGAUUUUAGUUUUGAUUAAAAUGAGCAUUUUUGGUAGAGCAUAAAGAGAGUCUUCUGAGAUUCAUUUUCUGAAAUAUUUUACAAG